GAAGUUUGAAGUUCAGACACUAGUUUCGCGCGCGAGGGCGGACUAAAUAUCUGCGUUGUCAGGCGCCCGUCAUACUGGUUUUUAGUUUUAACAUCACCAUACCGUUCACUUCUUUGUUAUAAUUGAGCAUAAGCUGAGUCUUCUGACGUGCGUUCCCGUGUUUUUCUCGACGUUUUUGGUAACAAUUUAACGUCAAGAAAUUAAUGGGUUUCUUUCAUCUCGCUAACUGUCUGGCUCUGGCAACUGGACCUCAUUUGUUGGUGUACAAAUCAACUGGGAUGCGAGAGAAUGAAGCAUUCUGGAGUUGUUGCAAAAUCGCAUGUCUUUACGCACUUACGCAGAUGCUAAAGUUCUUUUUGGUGACAUUGACUCCCCACUACUACUUGUCCUCGAUACUUGAUUCUACUACAUUCGACGUUUUCGGGGUCAUACUGGAAAUUAUAGUUAUAAGCAUGAUCGUGCGCGGGUCACUGUGCAGAAAUGAGUUCGGUGUUAUCGCAUCCAGUUUAGGUUGGUCAAUUUCAUCAUUAGUUGCAACAAAGUAUGUCCUCAUUUGGGUUGGUACACGUGGGCUAGAAUUUGACUGGAGCUACUUGUGUUUGAGUUAUGAGGCGAACCUGGACUUGGUUGAUACAUUUGUGGUGUUCUACGCCAUCUGGUUGCUGUCACGUCGAUCAGGCCCGGCAUGGAGCACAUCAUUGGGGCUUAUUGUUAUAAUCUCAGCCCCAGUCAAAAGUGUAUUCUUUACAUUCUCUCGUAAAAUUGAGAGCACCGUUGUAGCUCUCUUAAUGAGAACUGUUAUUUGUGUUGUUUUGGGCAUCACAACGAUCAUUUUACGAUCACAGAGACAUGCUGAUCGGGCUGAAUCGCAGGGUCUUUCAACUUUAAUACGUAUGCUUCAACAACUAACAGCGGGGCGGCAUCCUUUUACGUACAAAAGUCGAGAUUCAAAAUCCAACCCAUCAGUAUUUAUCAAAAGCGUCAAAUGAAGAGCAGCGUUUAUUUACAUACGAAGUCUUUCCACUGCGCAACCUGCAAGUUAAAAAGUGUUUAUUUUAGUGGUAUUAAUAUGCAACGUAAAUAUAUUUCAACUAAAAACAAA